AGAGAGCCAGGUUUUAAUAGGCACCUUCAGAUUUUCAGUCCGUACCAACUUUUGGGACCUUUUACAGCAAAACUCAAGACUCAUCUAUGAUCAAACCGUUCGAAACAUAAUAAACGUUUCAUAUGCUAAUGAUAAAAGAACACUUGGAUCUAUUCAGCGAGGAUUAGCUAGGAUUUGAUCGAAAUCUUGACGGACUCAAUGGAUCGGGGUCUUUUUUUCCAAGAUGGCCAACAAAAUUUCUUUUUUUGUAAUUUGCACAAUACUUUGUGGGAUAUCUGCUGUUCUGGGCCAGCUUACCCACAGAAAAUUUGAAUACAAGUUGAGCUUUAAGGGUCCUCACUUAGUGCAAAAGGACGGGACGAUCCCUUUCUGGGAACAUGGUGGACAUGCUAUUGCCAGUGACGAGUCCAUUCGUAUUACACCCUCUCUGAGGAGCAAGAAAGGUUAUGUAUGGGGUAAAAACAAACUUACCUCUGAGAGCUGGGAGGUUGAGAUGACCUUUAGGGUCACUGGGCGUGGUAGGCUAGGAGCUGAUGGCCUGGCUUUCUGGUACACUUCCCAAAAAGGUGAAGAAGGUCCUGUUUUCGGUAGCAGUGACAUGUGGAAUGGUCUUGCCGUCUUCUUUGAUUCAUUUGACAAUGAUGCCCAGCACAAUAACCCUUACAUCAUGGCAAUGACCAAUGAUGGCACUAAACAGUAUGACCAUCAAACUGAUGGGUCAGCACAACAGCUUGGUGGUUGCCUCAGGGACUUCAGGAACAAACCAUUCCCAGUCAGAGCUAAGAUAGAAUACCACAAGAAAGCACUAACACUGUUUUUCCACAAUGGAAUGACCAAUAACAGGGAAGACUAUGAGUUGUGUCUUAGAGCUGAGAAUGUCUACCUGCCAGCUGAGGGCUAUCUUGGGGUAUCAGCUGCCACAGGAGGACUUGCAGAUGAUCAUGAUGUGCUGUCAAUACUUACCCACACUUUAAAUGAACCUAGCGCUCCUGGGGCACCUGGCAGUGUUCCAGAAGAGGAGAGACGAAAGUUUGAACAAGAAUUCAAUGAAUAUCGGGAUAAACUAGAAAGGGCCAAGGAUGACUAUCGCAAGGAGCACCCUGAUGCCAAAACUGAUGACACAGAAGACGAGGAUAAAUGGUAUGAGAGCCAGCAACAGAGAGAAUUGAAACAGAUCUUUGAUGGUCAGAACAUGAUACAUACAGUAAUCAGAGACCUUAAUCGUAAAAUUGAUGAAGUAAUUGGUCGCCAGGAAAGAACUAUAUCUCAGAUCUCAAUGAUAAACUCUGGCAACACAGGCCAGGUCGUGCAACAGCCGCCUGCUGGAGGCAAUCAGGGAGGCCAAGCUUAUGUAGAUACUAUAAAACGCCAUGAAGUUGAGACAGUUAUACAAAAUGGGCGAGAUAUCCUAAACACAGCUAGAGAUCUCAAAGCUAUGGUAAAUAGCGUUUCACAAAAAGUAGGCCAAGGGGGUGCAGCACCCCCCUCUGGUUAUGAAAACCAAGCAUCUCAACAUGAAGUCAGAGACAGUUUAGUUAAUCUACAAAAUGAUAUUAAGCAUUUAAUAAAUAAACCGGCAGCAGUGCCAGUGUGUCCUGUGAUAGAGACUCCAAAGUGUGUCAGCUCUACCCUACUUCUAGUCUUUUUAGCAGUCCAGACUGUCAUAUUCAUAGGAUACAUGGCCUAUAAGAGCAGUAAAGAAGCUGCAGCCAAGAAAUUUUAUUAGGGUAAUAAUGAAAAAUAUCAGGAGGGGAUAUUCAGAAUAUCACACAUCAGGUGGCCAAUAAGACCUGCAAAGACAGUGUCACUGCAGUAUUACACAAGAAGAAACCGUUGGAUCUUAUAGGAUAACAUAUUAUAGUCAAAAUAUAAUGAUUUUAUAUUCUUUUAAUUCACAUAAAGACUACAAAGUCAUUAAAGUCUUCACAAUUGUUCAUAUUAUGUUUUAAAUAUAACAUGAACAAAAGAUGAACAUGUAUCCUUUGUUAACUGAAGAGAGGAUUUUAGACGCAAGUAGGCAAACUGUUCUGAAUUUCGAGAUACAUCCCUAAUAAAAUUUCUGAGAUAAUAUUUAACACAAAGUCGAUCUCAUGAUUGAGAACUACCUUUUUAUAAACACUGUUCAAUUCCAUAUCAUUCAUGGGAACAGAGAGUAUGUUAAUUCAGUCUUUCUGCAACUUUUCACAAAUUUUCAUC